AUGAGCACAAACGUCAAGGCAGGAUUGGCCCAAAUGUUGAAGGGCGGUGUCAUCAUGGAUGUUGUCAAUGUUGAGCAGGCUCAAAUCGCCGAGAGAGCCGGUGCUUGUGCCGUCAUGGCUUUGGAGAGAAUCCCAGCUGACAUGAGAGCCUCAGGCCAGGUCUGCAGAAUGUCGGAUCCACAAAUGAUUCGCGAUAUUAUGGCUGCUGUUUCUAUUCCUGUGAUGGCCAAGUGUAGAAUUGGCCACUUUGUGGAAGCCCAGGUGUUGCAACAGUUGGGUGUUGAUUACAUUGACGAGAGUGAGGUGUUGACACCUGCUGACUGGAGCAACCACAUUGAGAAGGAGAACUUCAAGGUUCCUUUUGUUUGUGGUGCUAAGGACUUGGGUGAGGCUUUGCGCAGAAUCCAUGAGGGUGCUGCCAUGAUCAGAACCAAGGGUGAGGCUGGUACUGGUGACAUUUCUGAGGCCAUCAAGCAUGUCCACCAAAUUAAGAAGGAGAUUCGCGAGGUCUUGGCUUCUGCUGGAAACCCAGACAAGAUUGCUGAGUUGGCCCAAAAGUACCGUGUUCCUGAGUCUUCUUUGAUGGACUUGAUUGAGAACAAGGGUAAGUUGCCCGUGGUCAACUUCGCUGCUGGUGGUGUUGCCACUCCUAGUGAUGCUGCUAUCUGCAUGCAGCUCGGUUGUGACGGUGUUUUUGUUGGUUCUGGUAUCUUCAAGUCCAACAACCCUGAGAAGUUGGCCAAAGCCGUGGUGGAUGCUGUUACCCAUUACAACGACCCACAAAAGAUUUUGGAGGCCUCCACCGAUUUGGGUGAGUUGAUGUUCGGUGUUAGCAUUGACUCUAUUGCUGCCGAGAAGAGACUUGCUGGCAGAUAA